ACAAAGGAUUCAUCACAAGAAGUCACUUUGUUUAUCAUCUACGGAUUCAUAGUGAUACGAAACCGUUUGCAUGCAGUUUCUGCCCGAAGAAGUUCGCGCAGAAGGACAAAGUGGAACGACACGAAAGACUGACGCACAAGAAAGAGCGGCCUCACUCGUGUACUCUGUGCUCGAGGACUUUCGCAUCCAAGCAGGCGCUGCAGGUCCACAUGAACGGCCACCUGCGGCUGAGGCCUCACAAGUGCGAUCUCUGCAUGCGAAGCUUCUCCAGCAAAACUGUGCUGCAACGACAUCGCUUGACGCAUUCUGCAAUCCGAAACUUCUCUUGUGAUGUAUGCGACAGGAAAUUCACCCUGAAAUCUGACCUGACGAUACAUCAAAGAGUGCACUCUGGUGUCCGGCCUUAUCAGUGCACUGCUGACGGCUGCAAUAAGAGUUUCAAUCUGAAGACAAGUUACACUCGUCAUCUGCAGACUCACUCCGAACUGCAUGAUUACGAGUGCACAAUCUGUGUCACCGCGUUUCGCCGCAAAGAUAAUCUGGAGCGGCACAUUAGAAACUUCCAUCCGGAAACCAUGGUUGGGGGUCAUCCUCAGCAGAUAGUCUCCAUUGUACAGCCGAAAAAUUUCGUCCCAAGAAAAUCAUCUGUCACUAAAGGUGUUUCAUCAAGAAAGACCUCAAAAGUCGAUAAGAACUUGGAUAUUUCACCAGAAAACAUAGAACCUACAUCCGAUAAUAACCAGGUUGGUAAAAAUGUGAUGGAAAAUGGUGCUCGUGAAAUAUCUAGUAAUGAUUUAGUGGGGUCUGAAGUGAAUGAAAUUCAAGAAAGGGAAUCUAGUUCAAGAUUGGAAUUACCGUCGUUUUCGAAGUCAGUGAUAGUGAAUACUGUUAAAAAUACUCCAGAAACGUCAGAUUCCUUGUCAUCUGAAGGUGUGUCAGUUAUAAGUAACAACAAUAAAGUUGUGGAGAACUCAGUGAAGAAAGUUAACCCCGAGCAGAAUAUUAGUCGAAAAUCUAGUGAACCAAUUCUCCCUUACAGAACUAUCACACCCCCCGUUCAACUAUCCGACAACGAUCGUGGAAACUGUGUCCCCACUAUUACCAAAGUCACACACAUUGUUCACACCUCAAAAACUGGGAUCCCCAAUAUUGAAACUGUGAUCACAACUAGAGAUGUCACCAAAAAUAAAACGAAACACAUGAAAGAAAGCAAUGAAGGAGUGGAAAAAUGUGGAAAGCGUAAGAAUGUUGUUGUGGAGAAGCCAAAACGUUCAAAGAGUGUGAUAAAUUAUGUACCAAAGAGUUCAGGGAAAACUGGCGGUAAGAAACCGGUUGAAUGUUUCCGAAUAUUGAAGCCUAGUUCAGAGUUUGUAACAACUUGUAGCAGUAACCUUGGUAGGGUAUCGUUGCCAGCUGCUACUGUCACAAAUAAUAGGACCUCAGUACCUAACUUUGAAAUGUUUUCACCAAGAAAACAACAACAAAUGUUCACUCAGGAAGGAACAUUAGCUAAUGCGUUCGAAAAUCUUUGCCAGGAAAUAUUAUCUGAAGAUACUUCCAGAGGAGCCUCCUCUAAUAAUAGGAAAGCACGUCCUGGAUUGGACUUGGCAUCUAUUCGAUUUAAUAGAGCCUUCAUACAACAAUUCGGUCAACCAGCUGAUUCUAAGGUUUAUGAAAACAUCAACCCAGAAACGCCUAGAUUAUCCAACCGUUUACAAUCUUUUAACAAUAUGGGUAUGGUUUCUGAUAGUUGUUUACUAGCUGAUAACGCUUUAGAUCAUAGUAUAACUGAUCCCCUCUAUGAACAAGAAAUAAGUGACAGUUAUAGUCUACAUCAGAUGCAAAAUGUUGUACACAACACGGCUGACAACAGUUUUAUACCUCCCCGUGACUCAUAUUUAGAAUCUCAACAACUUUACAACUAUCACAACUAUGAUUAUGAUUAUCAACCCAACGAUAAUUGUUUUGAAUCUUAUGAGAAUCAUGUUAACAGAGGUUCAAACCAUGUCGAGGAAGCCAGUAUGAAUAGACUUGGAGAAAGCAGUAUGAAUAGAUUUGGAGAAGAGAAUUUGAAUGGACUGGGAGAGGGAAAUUUUGAUAGACUUGAUGUUGGUAGUAUGGACAGAAUUGGAGGAGACAUUCUGAAUAGAUUUGGAGUAGACAAUAUUAAUAGAUUUGGAGGGGACAAUAUGAAUACACUUGAAGAGCACCAUAUGAAUAGACUUGUAGGGGACAAUAUGAAUACACUUGGAGAAGACAAUAUGAAUAGACUUGGAGUGGACAAUAUUAAUACACUUGGAGAAGGCAAUAUGAAUAGACUUGGAGAAGGCAGUAUGAAUAGAAUUGGAGAGGACGAUUCUAACAGACUCGGAGUUGACAAUAUGAAUAGACCUGAAGGAGACAGGAUGAAUAGACUUGAAGAGUUGAGGAUGGAGUACAACAGAAUCGAAGAUCAAUAUAACCGGUUAAAUGAUGUUCCUCUGGUUACUAGAUCGGUGAUCGUCGAUCAGCCGAAACCGCCGAUUAUACCUGCUUGUAGUGGACCCAGGCAGUUGCCUUUGAAAAAAUGUCUCUGGACGAAAUCGGCAUUCGGUAACUUUUUGAACGAUAGCGCAGAAAUUAGUUAAUAGUUAACAUUUGAAUUAUGAGGAGUUAUACUUCUAUCAAUGUUCUAUUUUUGGUUAAUUUAAAUUGAUAUGAGUUCUACUCCUAUAAAUGGUGAUGUCUCACUAUUGAACUCAUAUAUGUCUCGAUGUUUUCUGUUAUGCUUUAGUUUAUUAAAAUAUAGUUGUAAUAGCUGUUUAUCAAUAAUGAAUGAAACAAAUAAGUUGUAAACCACUGUUCAAUUUUGAUUUUGAAUGAAUUUACAUCCUUGUACUACGUUUUGUUGUAUAACCUGUUGAAGAUGUGUCGGUCGUGUCACGAAAGGUGGUACUAUGAUGUGAAAUUAUAUAAAAUUACACAAUAUGGUUUACAAUUUCUUUUUUGUUUCAUUCUUUAUUUUAUACGUGUGUAUUUAAAUACUGAGAUCAAUCACUCUUUAUUUUAUUCGUGUAUUUUUUGAAUAACUGAGAUGGACUAUUUGCGAGCAAUAAUUUAUUAUCCUUGCCAAAUCUAGUAACUCUAAAAAAGCUAUUCAAUUAGUUCAACAUUGCAAUAAUUAUUAUUCCUUAGCGAACAUUGAAAGACAUAGGUUGACGUAGUGGAAUUUCAAGUAGUUUUUUCUGUCUUAGUUAAAGUGAAAUAUUUAAUUUUUCCACAUUCUUUACAAGAUGCAAGUGAAUCGAAUUUUAUUUUAGAUGCACAAUUAACCAACUAAUAAAAGUGAGGGAAGUAAUAAAAAUCAAGUUAUGUACAAAUAAUACAAAAAAUCGUCGAAAAUUGUCAAAAGUUUCUAAACUUUUGAGCAUGGUUACAUUAUUCCUCUGAGACUGAAGUUGAAUAUUUAUAUAUAUUUUUUAUUUUAAACUGCUGAAGGGUUUUCGAGUAAUCUCUCUCGUAAAAAUGGCCACAUCACAUAGAGUUUAUUCUUCAUUUAUUUUAUUUUAUAGAUCUAGAUCAUUUUUUAUUUUAUUCCUGUAUUUAUAUACUGUUUGUUUUUUCUAUAUCUUUUCAAGUGAUAUUUUAGUGAUAUAAGAUUAAUAUCAUGUAUUGUAAGUCAAUUAUAGGAACCUUUCGAAAAGUCUAUUUGUUUAAAUAAUAUUAUUUUGAUGUUAAUGACUUACUGUAGUUUUUUCAGCACAGUUACGGUAUAUUGUUGAAGAUGGUUCAUGGUAAUUUGAUUUUUUAUAAAUCUUAUUCAAUUCCCAAGUUAUCCGUUUCAUGAUUUGAAAAUCAGUUUGAUGACUACUGUACUGUUCUAUUAAAUAGUAAGUUAAAAAGAAUAGUCUAUCAUUUUAAAAUAUUGAUUCGUUUAUCCAUGAUUAAAGAACUGUUUCAAUGAAAAGUUUUACUGUAAUUCCAAUAUUAAGAAUAUUGGAGAUAAUAAUAUAAAGGAUGUAGAUGAUAGUCUAACAUUCUUUUUUUUUACACAGUACCUACAUGCUUUUUUGUGAUGAAUAGUUUGCAUAAUAAAAUAAGUUUUUGCAUCAAUUGUAUAUUUUUCUCCGCAUAAUUUCCAACUUCCAGAUACAGGUAUAUUCAUGUUAACCUAAUAGCUACAUGGUUGUAGCUUUCUGAAAGAGAGCGCUCUAUAUCCUAUCAGUCAAGUCUUGAUAAUAAAAGGAUGUAAAGUUUACUUUGCUUCAAAGCAGCAUUGCAAUGUUUAUCUGUACAAAACUAUACAUAAGAAAGUAGAUUCAUUCAUUAUCACCUGCAAUAAUUAGGUCUAUU